GUUUCUGAGGAAAUCUUUUUGGUUGCACUUAAAUAACCCGCUGUUUAGGUUGAAGUGAUGUAGUUACAGAUUAUGUUAUGAUAAAUAAUUUCGAUGUUUUAAAUUGACCAAAUGUUUUAAGUACGACUAAAAUGAUUAAAUGAUUCCAGAAAAUACACGCUAGAUGUGGUAAGACUAUUAUAGAAAUCAGUGGUUUUUGAGUCGCUAUUUUGUCAUGUAAUCUAAAUAUUUUUCUACGUUCACGGACAGUUAAAUUUAAAACAAUGCAAUGGAAGUGGCACACAUUCUUCAGAAGAUGAAAAUCGGAGACACAGUGGGCUCCUGCUCUGUGUUUGUUGCUUUGAGCCACAUUCACGAGCAGUUCGAGGUGGAGGACUCGCAUGAGAAUCUAGCGCGCAUCUUGGAAAACACAGCAGAGCUGCUCGCAAACGCUCCUCUUUCUUGGCUCUUUCCUAAAGUGAACACUGAUAUACGAGGCCAGUAUUUGGGCUUAGUGAACUCAUUUACCCGUUACGCUGCCCUGCCAGUAUGUGACACAGACAGCGGCGCUUUACCUGCUAAGAAUUACGAGGACAUACCGGCCAAAGCUCAGGCUGUUAGUACUGUGUUACUUGUGUUGUCUCUGCAGAUUCAGAAAGCACUGGAGGAUCAAAACAGUCCAGCUAUCAGGUCUCUCGGUCGCACACUAGCCCCCACCUACUGUAUAUUCUCCAUUACACAUUUGCAGGAGCAGCCUUGGACCAGUGCAGCCUCCAGAAAAAGAGCUCGGGAACUCUUAACAUCAGCUGUGGAAUUGACAGGGAGCAGGUCAGUGCAGGAGCUGCUGUCUGGAAAACUUGAUGACGACCAGAAAGGAGUUCUGGGUCCAGUUCUUGACACACUGAAGCCAGAAUUAACCAAGGAGAGCUGGAAGCGUAACCAGGCAGUGAAGCAUGUGUUCUCCUGGGUGCUGGUUCAGGUUGGACGACCCUGGUUAACUGAGUAUUUGGAGAAGGUGUUUCCACCGUCUUUGCUUAUAUCCGAUGAUUAUUGCACAGAAAACAAAGUAUUGGGUGUGCACUGCCUGCAUCACAUUGUUCUCAAUGUGCCAGCCGCUAAUCUGAGGCAGUUCAACAGAGCACAUGUGCUCUAUCAUGCUGUAUUCAAUCACUUAUACACAUCUGAGGCUACACUUAUACAGGUUGUGCUGCCCUGCCUUAUAGAUUUGCUGUCAGUCCUUGAGAAACCUCCAUCCUGUGCAGUUAUACCACGUAAACCAAAUCGCUUUGACGAUAUGCUCCGGCACAUCUUGACAUACAUGGAAAUGGAGCACAAGCUUGACCUUCGUCGUGUAUAUGCCAAAAAUCUUGCCUUACUUAUUGAGAGGAUUCUUUACCUGACACUUUGCACUUCUGGAGACUCCAGGAUGGGUAUUGUAAUUAUUCGUCACCUUAAAAAGCUGGAGAGGGUGAUUGUAGGAUACUUGGAGGUGUCAGAUUCUCCAGAGGAAAAAUGCAGACUGAGUAUCCUGGAUGCACUACAAAAGACAAUACAGAUUGCUUGGCCAUGUAUGGAGAAGAGAAUGGGUUUGCUAACUCAGAGUCUUCUGAGGUUUCUGGUUGACAUCUCAUCAGACUCCUUACCCACUCAGCUGAAAGAGCACCUCAUGACCGAAGCAUCCCACUGUUUACUGCUGCUUAACCACUGCUUAAAGGGAAAACUGCAGACUCUUCUGAGAGAGGUAGACAGCAGUUGUGUCCCUGACCCUGUGUUGAUGUGUAUCCAGAAAGUCACAGCAGCACCACUGUCAAUAAGCUGUUAGCCAACUUCAUCUCCAUAAAUGGGAAAAGUGGAAAGUAGUCUGAGUAGAAUCUGAUUCAGUGACAAGUUCACUUCAAGCUGUAAUAGACUCUUUGUGUGGACUAUCCAAGGGAACUGUUUAUACAUAUCUCAGAGAGCAAGAGUGAAAUAAAAUAAGGAUAAUACAACCUGA